AUGACCGUGGCAGAUUCCGGGCGGUCCUACGAUGCGAUCAUAAAGCUGCUUCUGAUCGGAAACAGCGGUGUCGGGAAGUCGAGCUGUUUGCUGCGAUACGUCGGCGAGAAUUUCGACGAAGGACUGCUAGCCACCAUCGGAGUCGACUUCAGGAUUAAGUAUGAAACUAUCGGCAAAAAGACGUAUAAACUUGCCGUUUGGGACACUGCGGGCCAAGAGCGCUUCCGGGGACUUACCAGCAGCUACUACAAAGGUGCGCAAGGCGUAAUUCUCAUGUACGAUGUUAGCGACCGAGAUUCCUUCGCAAGUCUAGACGGUUGGAUGAAGGAAAUCCAGAAGCACUGUAACACCACCAACCCCGUGCUCUGUGUUAUCGGUAACAAAAUAGACACAAGACGGAACUCGUCCAAUUUUGUUAGCACAGAAGAAGGCCGAGAAUUCGCCAUGGCUCAUCAGAUGUUAUUUGUUGAGACAAGCGCCAAGACCAGUGAGGGAAUUGAACUCGCAUUUGACGAGCUCGUGCACAAGGUAAUCUCGCAUCGCUAG